AUGGCUAGUAAUUUGUUAUGUGUCUUGCUACAAGAGGAAGAGGAUGACGACGAUGAUGAUUAUGCCACCUUAUUAGCAAUCGCAUAUUUGGAAGAACAACACUCCAGCGAAGGUCAAAGUUCUUGUCGUCGUGGUUCCAUUCCAGGGCACGUUGUAAUUCAACGCAAUAGAGCUAAAGGUCACGAGAGGCUUUUUCAUGAUUAUUUUAGUGAAUCUCCUGUGUAUCUAGCAAAACUGUUUCGAAGGAGAUUUCGUAUGCAUCGUCCACUAUUUUUGUGUAUUUUAUCCACAGUGGAAACACAUGAUUCCUACUUUGUCCAAAAACGGGAUGCUGCUGGGAAAAUUGGUUUAUCCUCACUACAGAAAGUAACUGCUUCUAUGAGGAUGCUUGCUUAUGGAGUAUCAGGAGAUUCUGUGGAUGAUUACGUGCGGAUUGGAGAAAGCACCGCUAUAGGGAGUCUUGGCAGGUUUACCAAAGUAAUUGUUACAAUUUUCGGUGAUGAGUAUCUAAGGUCACUAACUGACGAGGACGCUGCAAGAUUGUUUGCAAUUGGCAAACAACGAGAAUUUCUUGGGAUGUUAGGAAGCAUUGACUGCAUGCAUUGGAGAUGGAAGAAUUGUUCGGCUGCGUAUCAUUCUCUUAAUGACAUUAAUGUGUUAGAACGGUCUUCCGUUUUCUCACAACUUGCUGAAGGGCAUGGUCUGACUGUUAACUAUAUAGUCAAUGGUCAUGAAUACACGAUGGGAUAUUACUUUGUUGAUGGUAUAUAUCCUUCAUCGGCAACAUUUGUUAAAACAAUUUCUUUACCACAAGGAAAUAAAAGAAAACAUUUUGCUACACUUCAUGAGUCGGCAAGAAAGGAUAAAGAGCGAGCAUUCGGGGUACUCCAAUCACGCUUUGCAAUUGUACGUGGACCAGCUCGCUCUUGGGAUGAGAAAAUAUUGAAGAAUAUUAUGCAAGCAUGCAUAAUAAUGCAUAACAUGAUCGUUGAAGAUGAAAGAAAUGAUAGAGAGAUCGACUUCAUGUACGAUGCUGCUGAGGAAGCUCCAACCAUAUCGGUGUCUCACGAACGUACAAUAGAUUUGUGUGAAUUUAUUCAGAAUCAUCAUCGCAUUAGAGACAGGAAAACUCAUUCUCAAUUGCAAUUGGAUCUUAUUGAGCAUUUAUGGGAACAAAAUGGUGGGCUUUAG